GUAGCUAAUGUUCAUUUGUAAAAUGGGAUCCAAACCUGUAGAGACUUCAACCCUCGUAUUGAGGAUCUUCACUUUCUUUUUUGCAGUUGCUUCCUUUGUGGAUCUACUCACCAAUAAAAUUGAAUCCUUCGGUGGCGGCAAGCUCAUCUUCAAGGACAUAAUUACCUACAGUUAUGUGUUCUCUACUGCUGUCAUCGCGGCAGCGUAUGCGCUGUUGCAGAUAUCCUUUGCUAUCUACAAUGUAAACAACGAAAAGAGGAUGAUAAGCAGUGAUUUCUCACCGGAAUUCGAUAUCUACGCUGACAAGCCCAUUAGCCUUCUUUUGGCCACUGGCGUUGGAGCUGGCUUUGCUGUAACUUACGAAUUCAAGCAAUUUCUAAAUGGAGUGUUUGAUAUAGUGGAAGAAAGUGACUUAAAACCUGCUUAUGAUAAGUUCCUGAACAAGGUAUAAGCGGCUGCAGCACUACUCUCCGGGGCAUUUUUAUGCAUGGUUGUGCCCUCAGUACUCUCCUCUGUGAAUCGGAAUGCAAGAAAAGACUUGUUCGGAUGACAAUAAUAUUUGUUUUUGGUGUUCCAAAUAAAAUUAUUUAUUCUUUUACUUGUAUUUUUUCCAACGUCUUUAGGUAUAUGGCUUCUUGUAUGUUUUUAAUAAAUCUGACUAUGAUUC